GUGCGCUGGUUUUUUCUUACACCGUCCGGUAAUUGAGACACAGAAGAAGGCUGACAGGAGAGACAGCCGAGAGAGUGAGAGAGCUGUGAGCGCUAAAGGAUCCUCCAGACUGCCAGCAAGAGACAUCUGUGCUUUGUGAAGGAGACUGCAGCCAUCCUGAGACAUGAAGCGAACAGGGCACCUCCUAUAUGUCUUCUGCACACUUCUCUCUGUCACAUGAGACAGCACAGCAACCUGAAGGUGUCUCUUAGAAGACAUCACAUGUGCCAAAGACCGCGUCCAUCAUAUGUGCCAAAAAGUAAGCGUAAAAGCAUAAUGUUCGAUUGUAUCUCAUGAGAGCCAACAAUUCUACAAACUCUGUGUAGAGACCUGAGAGACAGACGUGGGAGAGAUCAGUAACAACCAACAGAUCAGAGUUUAAUAAAUCAGAGAAGAACAGAGACCACGUAACCGCAGAGCAAGACUGAGAGACAGACGUGGGAGAGAUCAGUAACAACCAACAGAUCAGAGUUUAAUAAAUCAGAGAAGAACAGAGACCACGUGACCGCAGAGCAAGACUGAGAGACAUCAGGAAGGGAUCAGUAACAACCAACAGAUCAGAGUCUAAGAAAUCAGAGAAGAACAGAGACCACGUGACCGCAGAGCAAGACUGAGAGACAGACGUGGGAGACCAGGAAAAUAAAGAGACAGAAGAGUAAGAGCGGGGGAAUUCAGGAGGAAGAACUUUGCCCUCUUCUGGGCGUGACGCCAUCCAUUACCUGGGACACCUCUCCGGGCACAGACACCACUCAGGCUCAGCCAUGGAUAGCACCAGGGAACUGAUGGAGAGCUACCAGGCAGCCGUCCAGGGCUACAGGGUGCCCCCUUAUGGCUGGAGGAUUUGUCUGGCGCACGAGUUUCAGGAGAAGAGGAAACCCUUCCAGCUGGAGCAUGUGUCUGCUGCCAAAAAGCUGGCUCACCUCCCCAUGGGCCUCCGAUAUCUCAUGUGGUGGCUCCGUAAAACAUAUGUGGAGAAGAAGGCGCCAUUUAUAGACAUGUUCAACUCGGUCCCUUUGCGUCAGAUCUAUGGGGCCCCCCUUGGAGGAAUCGGAGGAGGGACCAUCACUCGGAGCUGGCGUGGAGAGUUCUGCCGCUGGCAGCUGAAUCCCGGUCUGUACCACUACAAGUCAGUGACCGAGAACCAGUUCACCGUCUGUGUCCGGCGCCGCGGUCAGACAGUCUACCAGCAGGUCCUUUCCACCGAGCGUCCUCACACCCUGCAAGGAUGGAACUGGGGUUAUAGUGGCACUCAGGCUUAUUACCAUGCCUUGUAUCCUAGAGCCUGGACCGUCUAUUACCUGCCCGGGCAGAGUAUUACUUUAACUUGCCGACAGGUAUCUCCCAUCAUUCCUCAUGACUAUAAGGACUCCUCUUUGCCGCUCGCUGUCUUUGUCUGGGAUGUGGAGAAUUCAUCUUCUGAGGAUGUAGAGGUCUCCAUCAUGUUCACAAUGAGGAACGGCAGCGGAAGUAAAAGUGAUCAGGCGGGUGGCCACUGGAACGAACCAUUCAGUCUGCACCAGGAGGGAGAUCCUGUUUGCGGUGUCCUCUUACAUCACUGUACCAGCUCCAAUCCCUUCACCCUGGGGAUAGCGGUACGAGAGAGGCAAGGAUCCCACGUGUCUCACUGGACAGAAUUUGACCCGAUGGGGAUGGGGCAGGACAUAUGGAAGGACCUUCUGGAGAACGGCCGCCUCCGCUCCCCCGCAGGUGCCAGUUCUCCCACCGUAAAAGGACAGAAGACGGCGGCGGCAGUGGCGGCGGGCUGUGCGGUGGGCCCCGGAGGACGAGGCACCCUGGAGUUCUCUCUGUGCUGGGAUAUGCCUCGGAUCCACUUUGGUUCUGGAGAGAAGGAAUAUUACAGGCGCUACACGCGGUUCUUUAGCCGUGACGGGGGGGCCGCUCCAGCUCUCUGUCAGUACAGUUUAUCCCACUAUGAAGAAUGGGAACGGAAGAUCAGUGCAUGGCAAGACCCCAUCCUACAAGACAGCCUCCUCCCGUCCUGGUAUAAGUCAGCGCUGUUUAAUGAGCUGUACUUCAUGGCGGACGGCGGCACGAUCUGGGUGGAGGUUCUCGCGGAUGAAGCAGAUGAUGAACUCAUGAAGAUUGGGCAGGAACACAUGACUGGCAUGAAAAGUCUACUCCAAGAAUAUGGACGCUUCGCUUACCUGGAAGGACAGGAGUACCGCAUGUAUAACACGUAUGACGUCCAUUUUUACGCCUCUUUUGCUCUCAUUAUGCUGUGGCCUCAUUUGGAAAUCAGUCUUCAGUAUGAUAUGGCGGCCUCAGUACUUCAGGAGGAUCCAGAAAGGAGAAAGUAUCUUAUGAGCGGCUCUGUGGCCCCUGUGAAGAGUAAAAACGUGGUCCCUCAUGAUGUUGGAGAUCCAGAUGACGAGCCGUGGCAGAAGCUCAAUGCCUAUCUCAUCCAUGAUACUGCUGACUGGAAGGAUCUCAACCUCAAGUUUGUGCUACAAGUCUAUAGAGAUUAUCACAUGACCAAGAAUACCACCUACCUAAGAGACAUGUGGUUGGUCUGCCAGGCGGUCAUGGACACUGCGUUGCGGUUUGACCAGGAUGGUGACGGUCUGAUUGAGAACUCUGGAUUUGCAGAUCAGACGUACGAUGGUUGGGUGAUGACCGGACCAAGCUCGUACUGCGGGGGUCUCUGGCUGGCGGCGGUGUGUAUGAUGUGUCACAUGGCGGAUGAUCUCGGGGACGUGGACGCCCACAACAAGUUCUCCAGUAUUCUCACCCGAGGGAAGGACUCCUACGAGAGGCUGCUGUGGAACGGAAAAUACUACAACUAUGACUGUGGUGAUCAGUCCUAUUAUAACAGUGUUAUGUCUGAUCAGUGUGCCGGGCAUUGGUUCCUGCGGGCAUGUGGCCUGGGCCGUGGACAGGACGAGGUCUUCCCCUCCGCACACGUGCUCAGCGCCCUGAGGACCAUCUUUCAAUUAAAUGUCAAGCAGUUCGCUGGCGGUCAAAUGGGGGCGGUGAACGGGAUGAGACCGGACGGCACAGUGGACAACUCAAGUGUCCAAUCAGACGAGGUCUGGAUCGGGGUGGUGUACGGACUGGCAGCAACCAUGAUACAUGAGGGUCUGGUAGAUGAAGGUUUCCAGACGGCAGAGGGUUGUUACCGCACAGUAUGGGAGCGGCUGGGAAUGUCCUUCCAGACUCCUGAGGCGUACUGCGAAAAGGAGAUCUACCGCUCCCUGGCAUACAUGCGCCCGCUGAGUAUUUGGGCGAUGCAGCUGGCGCUGAAGGAGAAGGCGACACAUGCUCAGCAGGAGGGGUGACCCAUGGGACGCUGCACGCAUCUGAUCCCCAGUCUGUAUUUAUGCCCCACAGUGUUUAGGAGAGAUCACAUGACCUCCCCUGAAGUCACAUGACUCCUGUCAUUACAUAGUCUACCUCCAUACACCUGACCCCCCCCUUGGGGGCGCUGCUGCAGGUGACCCAGAUCCAGCUGCUGGAGCUCAAGUAGCAAUCACUGAAGGAGACUGGAGUGCUGCGGCCUGGACUGUACACGCUGUAUAUACCACCAGGGGGGUCUCCGCCGUCCGCAUGACCGCCAUGUUUUAUCAUUAAUCAUCACUGGUAUUAUUUAUGAUUGACAAGAAAUACUAAAGAGGAGUGCGGAACGUGUGUGCGUGCCGACCAUUACUGUGAGUGAUGCCAAACAGUACAGCCUAUUAUACGCCUUUAUAUAGAGGUAUUAUACAUCACUGUAUAGAGGAAUUCUACGUCACUGUAUAGAGGUAUUAUACGUCAAUGUAUAGAGGCAUUAUACGUCACUGUAUAGAGGCAUUAUACGUCACUGUAUAGAGACAUUAUACGUCACUGUCUAGAGGCAUUAUACGUCACUGUCUAGAGGCAUUAUACGUCACUGUCUAGAGGUAUUAUACGUCACUGUCUAGAGGCAUUAUACGUCACUGUCUAGAGGUAUUAUACGUCACUGUCUAGAGGCAUUAUACGUCACUGUCUAGAGGUAUUAUACGUCACUGUCUAGAGGCAUUAUACGUCACUGUAUAGAGGUAUUAUA